CACCGAUCGCACUGGGACUCUAAUUAAAUUGAGAGAGAACUACCAUUUACCACUAUCAGCCUUUGUGGAGAACACAGGCACCUUGAGCAGAUACAAGGACUCACACAAACUCCACUUCAUAGACAUGGGACUGCUGCGUGUGGAAGAGCUGGUCACUGGGAAGAGAGGCGAGGGCAAGGAGGCGGGAGACGCCUGUGCAGAGCUGUUUGCUGCAGGAGAAUAUGAGACCAUCAUCAUUCAGGAGAAGCAGGAUGGCCACCAGGACCUGAAUGCCACCACCCAGAAUGACAUUAAACAGAGUGAACGGAACAUCAAACUCAAUGUUGACCGGUCAGGGCAGCUAAAGCUAGAAACAGUUGAAGACCUCUUCAACAUUCUGCAGCUGAAGAAGAGAAGGAAGGAAAGGAAGAUUGCAGAGCCAAAGAAACAGCCAGAGCCUGACAUCCUGCCUGAGACUGUGGACCAGGUUUUGUUUCUAAAAGCUGUAACAGAGAACAAACUGGCUGUGGUUGAAAAAUAUUUGUCAGAUGGUGGAGAUCCCAAUGCCUGUGAUGAUUUUAAACGCUCAGCUCUGCAUAAAGCCAGUGCACAAGGUCACACAGAGAUCAUGAAGAAGCUCCUGGAGAGCGGAGCAUCCAUGGAGCAAAAAGACAAGCUGAAUGCCACAGCUGUGCAUUGGGCAUGCAGAGGUGGAAGCCUGCUAGCCCUGGAACUGCUACUCAACGAAGGAGCCAAAUUCAACUCCAGAGACAAGCUAAGCAGCACUCCUCUCCAUGUUGCGGUUCGAACAGGACAUUACGAGUGUGCCGAGCAUCUCAUUCACUGUGGAGCUGACGUAAAUGCUAAAGACAGGGAUGGAGACACACCCAUGCACGAUGCAGUGAGGAUCAAUAGAUUUAAAAUGAUAAGACUGCUGAUGAUGUAUGGAGCCAGUCUCAAUGCCAAAAACAAUGAUGGAAAGACACCAAUGGAGACACUGCUUUCAUGGCAAAAAGGAGUGAAAAACAUCCUAAAUAACUUUAAUGAGGAGGCAGCUGCAAAGCCAAAUGAACAACUUUUUAACAUCCUUCCUGCUGAGCAAGUGUUAUAAAAUGUUCUUCCUUUCUUUCUUUCUUUCUUUCUUUCUUUCUUUCUUUCUUUCUUGCUUGCUUGCUUGUUAAAGAUUAAAGACUGAGCAGUGUUUUGCAAUGGAAGAUAAUCGCAAUGAUGACGCUAAUUGCUGGCAAUAGAGCGUCUGACAUAUUGAUGAUAUUUGUAAAUAUUGCUUUCCCUGUUAUUGAGAUUAUGAGAGAAUGGAAUCCUCAACAAGUGGCACAAGAACAUAUGUCAACAGUGGUUGUGUUUUGGAUCAGUGUAUUUAUUAAACAUUAUUUUAAUUGACUUUAUAACUUAAGUGACUGCAUCUGAAUGCCCAUGGCUGUGUUUAGCUGUAACAGAUGUCUAGACAUACUGGAGACUGAACUAUGCAGAAAUGGAACAGAAUGUGAAUGGGGGUCUGAGAAUGUUUGAGAAGUUUAUUAUGACUGAUAUUAUUAUUGUAAUAGUUUUGUAUUAAUGGACUGGAAUUGAGAAAGACUUUGAAACCAUGGACAUCCCUUAAUGAAGGUGCAUUGGUAAAAUCUGUUUUGUACUUCUUUUUUUCCCUUUUGAGCACGUAAAAGUAAUUUUGAUUCAUUUUAAUUCAUCCUUGAAUAAAAUA